CAAAGUUAGCAGACCUGCAAUUCAAAAGCGGGGAUUUAAAAACAAACAGAUCAAAUAGAUUCAGUAUCGGAGAACGAUGGUUUAACCGUAUUCUUUCGGGAUUAUACGCGGACAUAGAUAAAGCAAGAGUUAUUUACCAAUGUGUUUCUUUCUCUUUCCUCCCUUGCAGAGACGAGCCGCCCGCAAAGCGUGUUCAACUGUACCGUAAUGCGUGCAAUAGCGGCGCAUUGCAAAAUGUUAAUUUAUCUUUAUCUGCAAUCUGAAAUGACAAACCUAACAAUCCUGUCUCCUUUUCUUCAGUGAGAACGGAUCAGCCUCGCUCACAGGGAGUUUCUGAGAUGGAAGCAGCUCACGUCAGCCCAGAGCUUCCUAUUCGAUGGGUUGUUUCUGCAGACAGGACUGUUAAGAUCAAGGAGGAAGUGACUGAGCUGGGGUGCGACCAGGCCAAUGAGCGGAUCCUGCAGGAGGAAACGCCACCUUCUAGCAUCACUGAGAGAGGUACUGGUGUGAAAUCGGUCCGUCUUGGUAGAAGACGAGCGUCAGAAAUGGCAUCUUCUCACAUUACAGAGGACAGCCCAGAACUGGGACCUGUUCCCAUUAACAAAGAAGCCACAGCGCUGGAGCCUGUCCCCAUUAAAGAGGAGAGUCCUGUACUAGAAUCUGUCCAUAUUAAACAGGAGAGUCCUGUACUAGAAUCAGUCCAUAUUAAACAGGAGAGUCCUGUACUAGAAUCAGUCCAUAUUAAAAGGGUUAUUCUCAAUUCUAAACCCUUAAGCAGCUCUCUUUGUCAUGGAUGUGGGAAGAGUUUUAAUCCUGAAGGAAACCUUGAAGCAUCUCCUGGAAAGACUUUGCAUCGCUGUGCUGGAUGUGUGAAGACUUUCAGGGAGUCAGGAAUCCUGAACGGACAGCAGCAGACAGGCACUGGAAAGACUCCAUAUAACUGUCAUGAAUGCGGGGCGGAUUUCAGACCCCACAGCAGCGUGAAACACCACCUGCCAGUUCUGAAGGUACAGCUGGGUUAUCCUUGUGAAAGGCAGGAUUCAGAGAUGGAGCCUGUCCGCAUUAAAGAGGAGCUUCCUGAGCUGGACCCUGUCCAUGUUGAAGAGAAGCUUCCUGAGCUGGAAGCGGACCCUGUUACAGAGGAGACCCCGGCACUUGAACCUGUCCACAUUAACGAGGAACGUCCCCUGGUAGAAAAAGCAACAAGUGAACACCUUUCAGUUUGUAAAGCAGAUGAAGGAGAACAUGACUCCACUACAUCACCCCUCUGCAAGCCACUUACUCUGGAGAGUACAGAGACUGCAGAUUCUGCGUGUGUGAACAAUUCUGAAAAUCAGGGCAACUUGAAGACCUUGACUGGUUCUACUAAAGACGGGAAGAGUUCCCGGCGAUUAGGCUCUCCUAAAACUCACAAGGGAAAUCGCACAGGAGGGACUGUAUUUCCCUGUGCUGAUUGUGGGAAGAGCUUCAGUCGUUUAUCAAACCUUAGAAGACACCAGCGCAGUCACACAGGAGAAAAACCACAUCACUGUACUCAAUGUGAGAAGAGUUUCUGUAGAAUAGAACUUCUUAAAACUCACCAGCUAAUUCACAAAGGAGAGAAACCACACCACUGUAACGAUUGUGGGAAGAGUUUCAUUUGUUUAUCAAAGCUUAAAAGACACCAGCAUGUUCACACAGGAGAGAAACCACACCACUGUAAUGGAUGUGAGAAGAGGUUCGCUCGAAUAGAACAUCUUAAAAUUCACCAGCAAAUUCACAAAGGAGAGAAACCACACCACUGCAGUGAUUGUGGAAAGAGGUUCUCGCGAAUAGACUAUCUUAAACAUCACCAGCAAAUUCACAAAGGAGAGGUAGCACACCAAUGUAGUGAUUGUGGGAAGUGUUUCACUAUAUUAGGGAGUCUUAAAAAACACCAACGAAUUCACACAGGAGAGAAACCGUACCAGUGUAAUGAUUGUGGAAUGAAUUUCAGUCGAACAGAGAGCCUUCGAAUACACCACCGAAUUCACACAGGAGAGAAACCACACCACUGCAAUCAAUGUGGGAGAAGCUUCACUAGAGCAGAGUGCCUUAAAAAACACCAACGAAUUCACACCAGAGAGAAACCGUACCACUGCAGUGAAUGUGGGAUGAGUUUUACCCAAACAGGCAGACUUAAAAUACACCAACGAAUUCACACUGGAGAGAAACAACAUGUCUGUGCCGACUGUGGGAAGAGUUUCAGUCAGUUACAAACCCUGAAACUUCACCAGAGAAUCCACACUGGAGAGAAACAACAUGUCUGUGCCGACUGUGGGAAGAGCUUCAGCCAGUUACAAACCCUGAAACUUCACCAGAGAAUCCACACUGGAGAGAAACGGCAUGUCUGUGCCGACUGUGGGAAGAGCUUCAGUCAGUCAAGCUGUUUGAAGGUACACCAGCGGAUUCACACUGGAGAGAAACCUUAUCUGUGCAGCGAAUGUGGGAAAUGUUUCCGUCGAUUAGUAAGUCUUAAAACCCACCAGUUCAUUCACGCAGGAGAGAAGCCACAUCACUGCGAUGACUGUGGGAAGAGUUUCAGUCUGAUAAACCAAUUGAAAAUGCACCAGCGGAUUCACACUGGAGAGAAACCGCAUGUCUGCGCUGACUGUGGGAAGAGUUUCAGUCAGUCUGGCACUUUGAAAAGACACCAGCAAAUUCACACAGGAGAGAAGCCGCAUCACUGUUUUGACUGCGGGAAGAGUUUCAGCCAAAUAAGCAUCUUGAAAAUGCACCAGCAAAUCCACACUGGAGAGAAACAUUAUGUCUGUGCCGACUGUGGGAAGAGUUUCAGACAUUUACAAAACCUGAAACUUCACCAGAGAAUCCACACUGGAGAGAAGCGAGAUGUCUGCACUGACUGUGGGAAGAGCUUCAGAUGUUUACAAAAGCUGAAACUUCACCAGCUAGUUCACACAGGAGAGAAGCCACAUCACUGUAACGACUGUGGGAAGAGUUUCAGUCGGAUAGACAAAUUGAAAAUACACCAGCGGAUUCACACGGGCGAGAAACCGCAUGUCUGUGCCGACUGUGGGAGGAGUUUCAGUCGGACAGACAAAUUGAAAGCACACCAGAGAAUUCACACAGGAGAGAAACUUGCUCACUGCGCACACUGUGGGAAGUCUUUUCCUGCUUCCGGUUCUCUUAAAAGACACAAAUGCAAGUUGUGAAAGUUUGGGCAGAACGUCAAGCCUUGGGAAUUGGCGAGCUGUCGGCCUCACUGGAUGUCCUGUGGUGCUCGCCCUGCCUCUCUGAUCACCUGCACUGUCAGGCGUGGUAAAUCAGAAAGUAUGAUAAAGCCACAUUCUCGACAGGCAAAUAAUACGCAUGAUCACAUUUCGGUGCCGUUUUCAUUGAUAAACAAGCCUAGGCAGUGUUGUAAGGGUUAAUAUAACUAUUUCUGUAGGUUUUUACAGCAUUAAUGACUCUCUGCUAACUAGCUUUAAAAGAGCAAGUAGCCAAGCUCCGAAAAAUAAAUCUGGGAUUCAGAAUGGAAGUGAUCGUUUAAAAGGUUUUGCGUUAGUGUGAUUUGUGCAUCCCGAGGUAUGUUUAGAGUCACACGAGUGUGCACGGUGUCUCGCAUUGUCUUUAUUGUGAUAA